CAGUUCCCGCGGUUUUGCCAGCGCCGGAGCGCCUUUGCGUGUUGCAAUAGGGACAAGCGAUAUACCGUACUCUUCCUCCAGGUACAACCCCGGUGAGAAUUUUUUUCGACGACAUCGUUUUGACAUCGUUUUUCACGUUGUUACAAUAUGAAAGGGGGCCUGAAAUCGACGGCUGUUCGACAGGAGAUGUCGUUGUCGUUUCGACAUGGCCUAAACAGCGACGAGGCGCGUUUUCGGGUUUUCCAUGUUUCGCAGUUGGCGAUCACCGUCACUUCUCCCCCUCCCCCUUGCAUUGGCCGCGGGCGCGUCGGGGUUGCCCCAGCCAGAGAGGCACGGGGCUCGGCCCAGUCCCAGUAGGUCCGAGUAGGCCUGAGCCGCUCAGGCUUAAGCUCAGUAGUGCCUUCGCAGUCGUAGUUGGCAGUGUGCAGUGUGCCGUGCGACCGUGGUCCUAGUCUGUUCCAGGUCACGCAGCUCAUCAAUCCACCGCAACGGUUACGUCCUCUAUCGUGGCCACGAUGGCAGCAACGUCUUUUGUGACCCUGGAGCAGCUGCCGGACGACGUGGUUGCGAUGGCAGCAACGUCUUUGGUGACCCUGGAGGAGCUGCCGGAUGACGUGCUCGUGAUGGCGCUGAAGUACGUGGACGUGGAGGACAUCCUCGCCUGCCGCCUCGUGAGCAAGAGGUUCUGCGGCCUGGCCCUGCACCGGGACGUCUGGCGCCACCGAAAACUCGCCGACUGCAACCCCCGCGCGGGCGCGGUGCUUCGCCUGGCCCCGUGCCUCUACAUGCUGAAAGUCACGGGCCGGAUCCCGACCCUGGCUGCGACCACCACCGGGUGCGCCGUAGCAAAGUUGAUGCUGAUGCCUUCGGAACUUUCGGUUGCCGCUAACGCAGCGGAGUACUCCUUGGUCGUGCGCAACCAGGAGUCCCUCGGGCGUCUGAGAGAACUUGUGCUGUAUCCCUCUGAGAUGAAUGAAGCCGACGUCCUGUACAGGACUGUUGCGUCGUGUUCCGGCCUGGCGUCGCUGUCGCUCUCGGCCUAUUUUAUGCAACCGCAGAUCACCCAACCAAUCGUAAGUGGGCCGCCUCGCUCGUCCCUCACUUAUUUCACCUGCUCGGUCGAUGAAAACUCGGCAUCUUUUGUGAACACCAUACUGGCCGGGCACUCUGCUACCCUGGAGGCGGUUGAGAUUCCGCAGUCCGACUUGCAGGAGAGCACGACGGCAGAACUGUUAGCCGCCAUGCCGCGACUCCGCAAACUGCUGUGCGACAGUGUGUUGUGCGGCUUAGAGGCGGUGGCGGAGUGCAAAGCGCUCAGAGACGUGCACAUUUUUGUAGACAUGUCCCUGGGUGACUACGACAGGGCUAUACAGUUCCUCCGCCGUGCCGACCAACUACGGCGUGUCUACCUGGAGACGGAGACGGAGACGGAGACCGACAAGUGGAGCACGGUCGAGAGCACGGUGCUGACCGAUGCCAUCGAGGCCUUGGCAUCGUCCGGGCGGUCCCGCGUGGAGCAGCUAUUCCUGGAGGCACGCGGGGUCAUACUGCCACUGCUACGCUCGCUGCCCUCGCUGCCUGCCCUGCGUUUCCUGAACUUGGCUCUUGAUUUCGACGUCGAGCUCCUCAAGAGCAUCACCCCCGUCACAGCCCCGGCGCUGCGGCUGCUGGAGAUUGUGGCCGAGAGAGGUAAAUGCCCCCACGCCUGGAUACACGGGGCUGCAGUCAAGGCCACGCUGACGGGGAACCCCCUGCUGCACAUCCAGCUAUGGAGCAGAACUGGGCGCGGGUCCAAUCCCCAAGACUGCGAGACGUGUGCGGCGGCCUGCCAUCAAGGGGUAAACUGGCACGGUGUGUGGAAGAUAGGCCUCUACUCGCAUGACCCUGGCACUUGCCCUUCGCCAGAGGCUCAUGCUGAUGUCACCGACUGGGAGUUGUGCUACAAGAAGCGCAGCACUAAAAAUGCCGCUUGUACGUGGAUCCGUGUGUGAUGUUUUGAUGUAUUUCUACUUGGUCGUGGAUGUAUCCCUUUUAUUGGUUCUCUGCCAGGCCUGUUGAAAAAAGUUGAAUGUCUUUAGUUUCGCAACAUGCGUAAGGUUUCUGUAAAUUAAUGAUUCAUGAGUAAUAAAUCAUAUGGGUUCUGAUGCAA